AUGCUUGAGCUCCCCGAGGUCAAGGAAGUUGGCGACAAUGUCCAGAAACCAAUACGCCGAAGCACAAGGCUAUCCGCUAAGCAGCUCAAUGAUCUGAUUCUUACAAGAGCAACUUCCAUCGACUUCCCCCAUUAUGAUCGUGAGGAUACAUUACCAGGCCUACCAAAUCUAGCUAUUUCCGCAAAUGCCGGCUGUGAAUUCUGUCGUUUCCUUAGAGAUAGCAUUUUGUCGGAACGAGCAGGCUUUGUAAAUAAGGCUACGAGUACCGAAGUUCACGAUGUAUCCUUAAAACUCCGUGUCUCUUGGUUUAUUACCCCACUCAAGGAAGGCAGGGCUGCUGCAGCAAUUUGGCUAUUGCAAUUGCUAGCAACGUCUUAUGAGUCUUGGGGUCAAGAUGAAGAUAAGAAGGAGAUAGUAAUUAGAGCUUCCAUCUGCUGGCCGAUAGGAUUGGAGACAGGGCAAAGUUCAUUUUUUGGAAUUCCAAAGCCAAUCCCUCCUGGCGCAUUGCAAGAUGACCCUCUUGCAUUUGUCAAGACGAAUAUUGAAAGGUAUUUGGCGGGCUGCAAGCAUGCCGGUACAGCCGACCAUCGUUUUCUACCAUCCAGGCUGGUAGACGUAACCGGACAAGUUUUGAGAGUCAUUAGCCCCGGUGGCUUCCCAAUUAAAAUUAUCAACCUUGGAAGUGAUAUACAGAAGCGUCUUGAAUUUGGGUUUUCUCUGGACGAGUUAGCGCCAAUCCAAAGGGACGCUGUUGGUGUAGCGCGGGCACUUCCAAUUCCUUUCAUUUGGAUCGAUGCUCUUUGCAUUUUGCAAGAUAGUCGUAAGGACUGGGAGCAGGAAUCAGCUAAAAUGGACAGAAUAUACGCCAACUCCCAUGUGACGAUUUUCGUUUUAACUUCAAAGUCGUGUCAAGACGGAUUCCUAUUAAGACCAAGUCAUCCUAGACGAAUCAAGGUUCCGUAUGAUCCAAUUGCUGCAACUGUUAGCGAAUUCUACGAGCUUGAACACGCAGCGAUCUACGAUCACCCCAGCCCCGCUAUUUGGAAUGAAUCUAAUUUGGAGAAUAAUGAAUGGAAUACUCGUGGAUGGACUUUCCAGGAGCAACUCAUGCCGGCAAGGAUGAUGUACUUCGGAAACUCUGGUAUGUAUUUCUCCUGCAGCAACCGCCUAUACUCCGGGGUCGAACAGGAGCCCCAAUCCCUGAUUCUUCAUAACAUCUUGAGUCUGCGAAAUGCAACCUCAUUAUACCAGGCUUGGUACAAUCAUAUCGCAAAGCUGUAUUCUUCAAGGAAAAUUACUUACACCAGCGACACCCUUCCAGCUCUUUCUGGAUUAGCGCGGCAAUUCGCAAGUGCGGCUAGCGAUCAGUAUGUGGCCGGCCUCUGGAAACGAGAUCUCCUCCAUGAUCUAUUCUGGGUUCUUCAUCAUCCGACAUAUAAGUCACUGGCAGAACUUACCAAGUCUUUAAUCGAACCUCAAAUCUACAUUGCCCCGUCUUGGAGUUGGGCCAGAGAGGCCGACUGUCUUUCUUCCUGCAAGGCAGACGAGAUUUAA